CCACACUUGCAGCCCCGCCUCGCGAUAGGCCCAACCCAGAGGCUGCUUUCGGUUUCCUGAGGGUCCAAUGGCCUGGGACUACAGUCGGGUCUGCAAGCCCCGCCCCUGUUGGCUGCUGCUGGGGCCAGUCACGUUGCUCCGCCCUAAAGCGCCUAGGUUCCGCCCCUGGGCCCUUCUGGGAUUGGCCCUUGCGACCCCGCCCAGGCUCGGAUUGGUCCGCCAGACCGGCCCGCCUACCCACGUGGCCAACGGGACAGCACAGGGCAGCGUCCGGCCAUGGCCGGGGCCCGCAAGCUGGAGCUGGCCGGGGCCCGCAAGCUGGAGCUGUCCGAGGCCCUGGCGCUGGGGCCUGCCUGGCGGCACACCUGUUAUGCGCUGCUUUAUGCGCCAGACCCUGGGACGCUCUUCGGCCGCAUCCCACUGCGCUACGCCAUACUGAUGCAGAUGCGCUUCGAUGGGCGCCUGGGUUUCCCUGGUGGCUUCGUGGACAACCUUGACAGGACUCUGGAGGACGGGCUGAAUCGAGGGCUACUGGAGCAGCUGGGCGAGGCGGUGGCCGACUUCCGCGUGGAACGCGCUGACUACCGCAGCUCACACGCCGGCUCGAAGCCGAACGUCGUGGCCCACUUUUAUGCCAAGCGUCUGACCCUCGAGCAAUUGUUGGCAGUGGAGAUUGGUGCAACAAACGCCAGGGCCCAUGGACUGGAGGUGCUGGGCCUGGUUCGGGUACCACUGUAUACCCUGCGAGAUGGUAUAGGAGGCCUGCCUAUCUUUUUGGAGAAUUCCUUUAUUGGUGCUGCCCGGCAGCAGCUACUGGAAGCCCUCGAGGAAUUGGGACUGUUGGAAUUUGAUGCAGUCUCAGCCCUUAAGAACCCAGCUCAUAAACAGAGGCAACCCUCCGUGAACUCACAUAACGUGAGAUAAGGACCUUGGUACUGAGUGAGAGAGAGAAAGGAGAAAUGUAUUCUCUUCUGCCCUAAGAGGUGAUAGAUGAUAUCAGAUUAAAAUAAGGAUCACUGUGUA